AUGGCACGUGAACUUGGGGAUGAUGAUCUUAAAAAAUUGCCUACAAAAGUAAAGUAUGCUCUUUUUGAUGAGGUAAAAGAGAAUUGUGAUGAUGACUCCUUUUAUAGAAUUGUAAAUUCUCGUAUAGGUAGGGAAAAUUGGAUUUAUAAUGUUUCUGACAAAAUUCCUAAAGCCUUAUGUUAUGUAUAUAAAAAAAGUUUGGCAAAUGGCUUUGAUCAAUCUAUUUGUAAUUACCUUUACUAUUGGUUAAUUGACGUACUAUAUAAAAAUUUAAAAUUUAGACACUCAAUUCACCCUAUUAUGGAAUUAUUUAAAUUUUUACUAAAACGUCAUAAUGGUAUGGAUAUAUGUAAUUAUGAUAAUUAUGAAAUCACUCAAGAUAAUUUUAUGUAUAUUAAGCUAAUAUUUGAUUUUUCGAAAGAUUAUGAUAAACUUAAAGAAUAUUUUCGUAUGAAUCAUAGAUUAUGUAGUAGUGAAUUUAAGAAAUACUUUGAUCAAUAUAUAAUAACAUAUAACACUUACAAAAGUAAAUGUAAAUUAUCAAGAAGUAAGGAUGGGCCUUGUAUGGCUUUUGAAAAAUAUUCAAAAAAUAUUGACUAUGGUAUUAUAUCUAAAUGGUCAUGUACUUCAAAAGGAAAUAUCCGUAAUUCUUCAACGAGUCAAAAAAAAGGAGGAAUUGAACGUCCAGAUAUUCGGCGAGGAGUACAUGCAAUAAAGAAAGUAAAAGAAAUAUAUGAAGAAGUGUCCAUAAAUGUGACAAAGGAAACUGUAGAAAUAGGAGAUGCAGUAAUAAAGGGAUAUCCUGAACAAGUACAGGAGGUUACGAUUCCUCAGGGAGGAAAUAUCAGUUAUUCACAUUCACAUGGUUCAGGCAGGUAUGAUGAUACUCUAGAAUUUAAAACCAUUUCAUAUAUUUCAAAUAACACUUCAGCUUCUUCAGCUUCAAAAGGUAUGGUCAUUACUCCUAUUCUUGUAGGAAUAGCGGUUUUUUCUAUAAUACUGUACAAAGUAAUUAUUAAUUUUACUCCCGCUGCGUAUUGGUUUAAAAAAGUCUUACUAGGAAAAUCUAAAGGGAAGCGUAACAUUAUAAUGGAUAAGGACAUAAUAGAAUAUUAUAUGAUUACUGAAAAUUUAGAUUCACCGAGAAGAUUUAAUGUAAAAUACAGUAAUAUAUAA